GGGCUAUGUUCCUGCGGCCUCGCUGCUUAGCCUUUAGCUCCGUCAAAGCGGACAUGGAGAAGUUUGCCAGUCCAGGCAAAGGCAACGGUCUGCGCCUCUCCAAACACGCGAAGGCCGGGGAGUUGCUGUAUCGCGCAGAACCUUUCGCCUACACCGUCACCAAGAAGCGCCUGGGAGGCGUGUGCGAGCACUGCCUGCGCAGGAAAGACCGACUGCUGAGGUGUUCUCAGUGCAAAGUUGCAAGAUACUGCGAUAUACAAUGUCAGAAAGAAGCAUGGCAAGAUCAUAAACGAGAAUGUAGGUGCAUUAAGAAUAUUGAUCCGAACUUUCCCCCAGAUUCAGUGAGGCUUGUUGGCAGAAUUAUUUUCAAACUACUAAGACAAUCAGUGUGCCCAUCCGAGGAGCUUUACUCGUUCUCUGAUCUUCAGUCAAAUUUUGAAAAGUUAAGUGAAGAAAUGAAAGAAGGUCUUGGGUAUCUCACAAGGGCAUUGCAGCUGUAUUUGAAGGUAGAGAUCCAAGAUUCUUCUCAGUUGCCACCUGGCCUAGAUGUUUUGCAGACCUUCGCAAAAGUGACCUGUAACUGCUUCAGCAUUAGUAAUGGAGAGGUGCAGGAUGUUGGUGUUGGCCUUUAUCCCAGCAUGUCUUUGCUAAACAACAGUUGUGAUCCAAACUGUGUGAUAGUCUUCGAGGGUCCACAGCUCUACCUUCACUCAGUCCAAGAGAUUCAGACAGGUGAAGAGCUCACCAUCAGCUAUAUUGACACAAUGAUGCCCAGCACUGAACGUCAGCAACAACUGAAGCGGCAAUAUUGUUUUGAAUGUGACUGUCUUAUGUGCUACUCACAUAGUAAGGAUGCUAUCAUGUUGGCAGGUGAUGAGCAAGCUUGGAAAGAAGUCAAAGAAGCUAUAAAUAAAAUGACAACUUCCAAGUCACAAGAAGAAUGGAAGCAAGCUCUGGUGAAAUACCGGGCAUUGUUAAAGAAAACCAGUCCUCUUCUCCCAGACACAAAUAUCUACCAGCUGAAACUACUUGACCUUGCCAUGGAUGCCUGCAUAAACCUUGGUCUUUUGGAGGAAGCUUUGCUUUAUGGCAACAGAACUUUGGAGCCCUACAGGUUUUAUUAUUCUGGAUUCCAUCCUUUGAGAGCUGUCCAGCUGAUACGUGUGGCCAAAUUGCAGUACAGCCAAGACAUGUUUCCUCAGGCCCUGGAAACAUUGAAGCAGGCUUACGACAUCAUGAAAGUGACCCAUGGGGCAGAGCACAGCUUAGCACAAAACUUAAUGAUGCUUAAGGAAGACUGUGAAGCUGGCAUAACAGCAAAGAGUGGCCUACAAACCUGAAGAACUGUGCUCUGCCCAAGGGAGGCCAAAAGAAGAUACUGAAGAAAGCAAUUCUACUUCUAGACAGGCAAUGUGGCAGUGAAAUCUCCAUGGGUAUAAUGUGUGUGUUGGGGGGGGGGGGGUCCUGUAAUUGUCUUAUUACUUCUGUUAGUUUUCCAGCUGCUGCUUCUCUCCAGUGAAUAAUUCCAGGAGCAAUAAGGUCUGCAAAGUGAUGUUAACAAAGAAUCUUUGGCAAUUCCCAGUAAAACCUCAUCUAUUAAAAACAUGGAAAAUA